AUGGCUAUCGCUUCUCAUCAAACCGCUCGGUACAUCUCUGUGCUCGCGGGCACCCUGGUUGCAUUGUCCUGUGGAACCAACUAUGCGUACUCGGCAUGGGCACCGCAGUUCGCCCACAAGAUGAAACUGUCAUCGACCGAGAGCAACUUGAUUGGUGCUGCAGGAAAUCUUGGCAUGUACGCGAUGGGAUUCCCAAUGGGCUUACUGACCGAUGCGCGGGGCCCACGAAUGAUCACCUUGAUCGGAUCAAUCUGCCUUGCGAUUGGAUACUAUCCUAUUUACAUCUCCUAUGAACAUGGAGAAGGUUCCGUCCCAAUCAUUUUCUUGUGUUUUUUUGCUUUCAUGACAGGAACUGGUGGCUGCUCCGCAUUUUCAGGAGCUAUCAAGACCGCUGCCUCCAAUUUUCCCGAAAGCCGUGGUACGGCCACUGCGCUUCCAUUGGCCGCCUUUGGUCUCAGUGCCCUCUUCUGGUCCAACAUAUCCACCUUGGUUUUCAAGGAUGAUACGGGCCGCUUCCUUCUUCUCUUGGCCAUGGGCACCUCCAUUCUGUCCUUCGUCUCCAUUCCGUUCCUUCGAAUCUUCCCCAUCGAGUCCUAUUCAUCUGUCCCUCGCCACGGUCACGAAGAGCCUGCUGAGUCUCGAAUUAUGCGCCGUCCCAGUGCUUCGUCUUUGAAUGAGCACUCUGAUGAGGUCCAUAACUCCACAGCUUUCGCCCACGAGCAGUCAGCACAUGCUCGCACUCAGUCAGCUGUCUCCAACCACCGGCUUGGUGGAUACAACGGCGACCAUGAUGAAAGCUCGUCUCUUGUAUCCAAGAAUGAUGGACGCCCUUCGUUUGAUACUCUGGAUGAUGACUUCCUUGACGAUGUGGCGACAGAGGCGCACCACACAGAUAUCAGAGGCCUGGCUAUGCUUCGCAAAGUUGAGUUCUGGCAACUCUUUUUGACAAUGGCUCUUUUGUCUGGAAUUGGUCUGAUGACUAUCAACAACAUCGGGAACAGCGCUAAGGCUCUCUGGAUCUAUUACGAUGACAGCGCCUCCUCAAAGUUCAUUCAGCAGCGGCAGGUUAUGCACGUAUCCAUUCUCUCUUUUGGAAAUUUCCUUGGUCGCCUGCUCAGUGGCAUUGGGUCUGACGUUCUCGUCCAAAAGCUCAACAUGUCGCGUUUCUGGUGUCUGUUCAUCUCGGCCGUUGUCUUUACCCUCACCCAGCUUGCCGGAUCUUCAAUCUCCAACCCGAACACUCUCGUAAUUGUCUCCGCGUUCACAGGCGUUGCCUAUGGCUUCUUGUUCGGUGUCUUCCCCUCGCUGACUGCCCACACCUUUGGAAUCGGCGGUCUUUCUCAGAACUGGGGUGUUAUGACUUUGGCCCCCGUCUUUAGUGGCAACAUCUUCAACCUCAUCUAUGGCACCGUCUAUGACCACCACUCCGUUGUCAACUCUGAAGGCGACCGCGACUGCCCAGAUGGCCUUGCCUGCUACCGGUCCGCUUACUAUCUGACAUUCUUUUCCGGCCUCGCUGGUAUCAUUGUCUGCCUGUGGAGUAUCUACCGCGAGAAGCAGAUCCACAUUGCCACAAUGAAGAAGUCUGGACACCGUCUCGCAUAA